GGCACACAUGGUUCUCGGUCCGCUCAAGUGACUGCAGGAAAAAGAAAAAAGAAAACCGCAAAUUUAUGAUUACGUCGCUCAGGACACCGGAUCAACAAUGGAUUCUGGACAGUCAAUGGAGGUGAAUGAAGGAUAGCUCCAGGACAGAGGAGAGGGGGGAGACGGAGCUGUCAGUUGCCCGUUGGACGUGUGUCUCGCCCGGGCCGCUCGUGUGGACUGCGCAUGGGGCUAGAUGGACAUAAAGGCUUGGGUCACGUGGAGCGGGUCCCGUGUCUUGGUGGAUGACGCCUGUUGACAUAGAUGCUGAGCUGGUGCGUGCUGAGAGUAGGGCACACCCCCGUCCCACUGCUUUAGGAUGGCCUCAGAGGGCUCCACUAUCCCCAGUCCUGUGGUGCGUCAGAUCGACAAACAGUUCCUGAUCUGCAGCAUAUGUCUGGACCGCUACCAGAACCCCAAAGUGCUGCCCUGCCUGCACACCUUCUGUGAGAGGUGUCUGGCGAACUACAUCCCCGCACACAGUCUGACCCUGUCCUGCCCCGUGUGCAGACAGACCUCCAUCUUACCCGAGAAGGGAGUGGGUGCUCUGCAGAACAACUUCUUCAUCACCAACCUCAUGGACGUACUGCAGAGGACCCCCGACAAACACAGCCCACAGGACCCCAGCCUCAGCCCCAUCAGCUCUGUGGGGCCGGGCCAGCUGCUGUCCUGCCCCAACCAUGGAGGCAGUGUGAUGGAAUUUUAUUGCCCGCCCUGUGAGACGGCCAUGUGUCAGGAGUGCACCAGUGGAGAACAUGGAGAACAUCCCACAGUUCCUCUCAGAGACGUGGUUGAACAGCACAAGGCCUCACUGCAGGACCAGCUCAGUGCUGUCAAGAAGAGACUGCCCGAGAUCGACUGUGCUCUACACACCCUGUCAGAGAUCCUGCAGCAGCUGACCCAGCAGAAGAGCUCCAUCGAGGAGGACAUCCACAGCACCUUUGAUGAACUGCAGAAGACCCUGAACGUGAGGAAGAGCGUCCUGCUCAUGGAGCUUGAGGUCAACUAUGGACUCAAGCACAAGGUACUUCAGGCCCAGUUGGAUACACUGCUCCGAGGUCAGGAGGGCAUCAACAGCAGCUGUAACUUCACUGAACAAGCCCUGAGCCACGGCACUGAGGCUGAGGUCCUGUUGGUCAAAAAACAGAUGAGUGAGCGCCUUGUGGAACUGGCCAAUCAGGAGCUCCCGUUACAACCCGGAGAAAACGACCAACUGGACUUCAUUAUAGAAACUGAUGGACUCAAAAAAUCCAUACACAAUUUGGGGACUAUUCUCACCACUAACGCUGUUGCCUCAGAAACCGUCGCUACUGGGGAGGGACUCAAGCAUUGCAUAGUCGGAGUGCCCACAUCUGUAACUGUAACCACGAAAGAUAAGGACGGUGAGCUUUGCAAAAUGGGAAACGCGAAUAUUACAGCCGAAAUGUCAACUUCUGAUGGAUGCAAAUGCAACGGAGAAAUCGUGGACAAUAAAAAUGGAACUUAUGAGUUUUUGUUCACCGUGCCUAAAGAGGGGACAUUUUAUUUGUCACUGUGUCUGUACGGGCAGCCUAUCAAAGGUAGUCCCUUCAAAAUAAAAGCCACUCGGUGUAUAGAUGUGUCGCCCACCAGUGACGGUGUGAAGAAGAGGCUCAAGUCUCCGGGCAGUGGGCACGUCAAGCAGAAGGCCAUCAAGAGGCCAGCCAGCAUGUACAGCACAGGUCGCAGGAAGGAGAACCCCAUAGAGGAUGACCUCAUCUUUAGGAUAGGAACAAAAGGGAGAAACAAAGGAGAGUUCACAAACUUACAGGGAGUGGCAGCGUCCACAGACAAGGUUCUGAUCGCAGACAGCAACAACCAAUGUGUACAGAUUUUUUCCAACGAGGGCCAGUUCCGCAGCCGCUUUGGGGUCCGGGGCCGCACUCCCGGUCAACUCCAGAGACCUACAGGGGUCGCUGUGCACCCCAAUGGAGACAUCAUCAUCGCAGACUAUGACAAUAAGUGGGUUAGCAUCUUUAACUGUGAGGGCAAGUUCAAGAAUAAGAUUGGCACAGGAAAGCUGAUGGGCCCUAAGGGAGUGUCUGUGGACAGAAAUGGACACAUCAUUGUAGUGGACAACAAGGCCUGCUCCGUCUUCAUCUUCCAGCCCAACGGCAAACUGGUCACCAAGUUUGGGAACCGUGGUAACGGGGACAGACAGUUCGCAGGUCCUCACUUUGCUGCUGUCAACAACAACAAUGAAAUUAUAGUUACAGAUUUUCACAACCAUUCUGUCAAGGUUUUUAACACAGAGGGAGAGUUUCUCCUAAAGUUCGGCUCAAACGGUGAGGGAAAUGGUCAGUUCAACGCUCCAACUGGAGUGGCUGUGGACGCCAAUGGCAACAUCAUUGUGGCAGACUGGGGCAACAGCCGCAUACAGGUAUUUGACGGCAGUGGCUCAUUCCUGUCCUACAUAAACACAUGUGCAGACCCUCUGUACGGACCCCAGGGGCUGGCUCUCACCUCCGAUGGACACGUUGUGGUGGCUGACUCCGGGAACCACUGCUUCAAAGUGUACCGCUACCUGCAGUAACUCCCCCUCUUCUCUCCUCUGCACUCACUCAAACUCAGAUGGGAGGACAGGAGGACACUGGACUAAACUACAAACAUGGCCGGCCUGCACUUGACCCGCUCCAUCCCCGAACCACACCGUCAUUGUGCCAUCUGUCGACCCUGUGAAGACAAAGCCACUUCAUGAUUUAUGGGAGAUAUUCAAAAGACUUCUGCUGAUUGGUGCUUGGAGGAGACACUGGUCUACACAUUAUAUUUCACAUUACUGACACUGAGGAUCAUGGGAAAGGGUUUCUUCUUAAUUAGUCUUUUAACUGUGUUAUAUUAAUAAUUUGAAAUAAUAUUUAAAGCAACACUGUAGCUUUUUUUUUUAAAAUAAAACCUGAAACAAAAACAGUCAUGAAAACAUACUGUAUCAUGCUACCAUUCACAUUAUCUUCAUAUAAAUGAAUAGUAAUGCAAUAAUAAUGCUCAGAGUCACUUUACAUUUCGUGCAGUAUUCAUUCACUUUACACUUGGUGGUGGUAAGCUACUAUUGUACUGGAAAUGUCCGCUAGCGGCCCCCACCAAUACUCGGACGCAGAAUACAUUACAAGGCAAUGUGUAACAUGUCAAAAUAAUGCUUUGAAUUGUUGAUAGAUUUGGUAACUAGGUUAAUACUAACAGUGUUUCUGGUCGCUCAAGGAAGGGCAUAUGACAGAGGAUUUGGCCAAAUAACAAUACGAGUGAUUUUCUGUGCUGAAACUAGGGAAUAGGGAGUAGUUAACAUUACAUAACAUUUGCUACCCGUUACUCUCCUGUAAUCCAGUAUACAGUGUUGCUUUAAAUUGUAUUGAGUAGAUUUCUGUAAUUGGAGCAUCCUAUGGAUAUUUCACCUUCCUUAUGUAAGGUCAAGCAUGAUAUAGUCCUCUAUUGCAUGUAUGUCCUGUUGAAUGAAUUUUUUAAUAGAUCAUCACCAAAAGACAAAUAAGUAAACACCUAAACUAUUGUCUAUAUAGUAAUAAUACUUUCCAAAACUGGGUAAAUGUUAUAACAUGCAUCAUUAGGAUUCUUUACAAAAAAUUAAAAUAUGGAUAAGUACAAUAAGUACAAUAAAUGACAGUAUAUGUAUGAAUAUUCCAGAAGAUUAAAGACGCACUUUGGACCUAAAUAAUAUAAUAGUCAUACAGUUAAAAAUGUUUAUUGUUUUUCACUUGUACUGUUUAUUGGCUUGCCAGUUUGUUUCUCCCAAGCACACGUUUUAUUUUCUACAUAAAUGUUUAAAUUAUUUCUUUUACAUUGUCUUGCUAUCUGUAUUGCCAAAUGGAAUUAAAGUGCCCAUCUAAACUAAUGUUAAA